AUGUUUAAAGCUUCACCUACUAUGAUGGCGCGCCUGCGCUUCACAACGAAAUCGGUCAAUGGCGGUUACUACAAGGGUACCCGGACAGGAUCGAUGGGUCACUUUGACAAGAAGGGCAACUACGUGAUUGACUACCAGAAAGUCCGUACCUAUGUGGUUCCUGAGGAUCUAAAUGAAUUCGAUCUCACCCCUUUCGUCUCGAAGAAAGUGCAACCCAAGCGUGAUCAAUAUGUCAAGCAGAUCACCCGGAAUGGCCGCACAGUGACAGUGGUUGACAGCCUGAAGGGCCAAGAUUACAUUAACAUCUGGGGUGACAAGAAUGCCGAAGAGGUUGUCGCUCGCGAGGCUGCCGAAGAACAGAGCAAAGAGGACCCAUCUCGACCCAGUCAAUAA